AUGAUAAAAACGGGAAUAAAAGAAUUAUUAACAUUUCAUCCUAAAGAAUGGAUGAAUGCAUUCCGACCAAAUCCAAAUUAUCCUCUGUUUGUACGUGGUGAUAUUGAUGGUUUUGUUGCUUUUUUUAUCAAUAGUUUAUCAACAUUAUUAGCAGUCAUAUUGAAUUUACAACCUAUUUUAGGUGAUGAAAUUGUUUAUGGUAAAAUUGUACCUGGAACAGGAAUAGCAAUGGUAUGGGGUAACUUUUAUUAUGUUUAUAUGGCUCGAAAACUUGCAUUUAAAGAGAAACGUGGAGAUGUAUGUGCUAUGCCAUAUGGUGUAUGUACUCCAGGUGCAUUUGCUUUUAUCUAUGUUAUUGUUUCACCUACUUAUUAUGGAUGUAUAACUAAACAUGAUAAAGUUUAUUGUCAAGAAUUAGCAUGGUAUGUAGCUUUGGCUAGUAAUUUUAUUACUGGUCUAGUUCUUCUAUUACUUUGUUUAUUUGGAGAAUUUAUUCGAAAGAAUACACCUAGUGUAGCAUUACUUUCUUCAAUAUCUGGUCUUGGAUUUGUUAUUUUAGCAUUGAAUGAAUAUUUACCUAUCGAUGAAACACCAAUAGUAGCUUUUCUUCCAUUUAUAAUUGUUAUGCUUGGAUAUUUUGGUGGAGUUGGAUAUGGUCCCUUACCGAUUUCAUUUGUUGCAUUAGUAGUAGGUACAAUUCUUGCUUGGAGUACAUCAGUUAAUCAAGUUUCAGCAGUACAUGAAGCAACACAUCUUGUUAAAGGUUAUAUACCAGUAUUUCCUAUAAAAGAAAUAUUUCAACAUAUGGAUACUAUUCGUCUUUAUCUUUCAACAACAAUUCCAACAGCUAUUGCAAUUGCUAUUGGAACUAUUCAAUGUGUUGAAACAGCUAAACGAGCUGGUGAUUUUUAUCCUACACGUGAAGCAAUGUUUGUUGAUGGUAUUGGAACAUUAAUUGCUACUUUAUUUGGUUCAAUUCUUAGUAUGACAGCUUAUAUUGGUCAACCAGCAAUGAAAAAAAUGGGUGCAAAACAAGCAUAUUCAAUGAUACAUGGUCUCAGUUAUUUACCUUUAUGUUUAUUAGGUUUCAGUGGUAUACUUAUGUCAGUAAUUGCUGUUGUAGCAAUUAAUCCAAUUGUUAUUUUUAUUGGUUUGCUUAUAUGUUCUGAUACAUUAGCAAUAACUCCUCAACGUCAUUAUCCUGCUUUUCUUCUUGGUAUAAUGUCAGUCGUGGCCGACUGGGCCCAAGGUACUAUUGUGAAUGGUGUAUCUAAUGCAUACUUAAAUUUUACUCUACCCAAUGUUCAAUUUUCACCCAAUGUUACCUCUGCUAUUACCGGUUUUUCAUAUCGUGGUUUAGUCAAUUUUGCGGGUGGUUCCCUGUUACAGAGUGUUUUUCUUACAGCUAUUCUAAUGUAUAUUAUUGAUCGAAAAUUUUUAAGAGCUGCAGUAUGGUCUCUUCUUGCAGCAUUCUUUUCUUUAUUUGGUUUGAUUAAUGCCAAAAAUGUCGGUGUAUUGAUAAAAAAUACAGAUGAUGGAUGGCGAUUUACUAUAGCAUAUACAAUGUUAGCCAUUUUCUUUUUAUUAUUAGAAUUUGCUCAAAGAAAACAUUGGGUAAAAGGACAAGAAACUGAACCGGAUGAUUUAUCAAGUCUCGAAUGGGCUGAAUGGAAAAGACAACAAGCAUUGGAACAAUCAAAUACCAAUGAAACUAUACAAAUAUUAAACUGA